AUAAGAACUCUUACAUUUUUUUUUCUCUUUCUUCAUUCUGUACAGUAAAAGAAGCUGUGAAAAAGAAAGAAGAAACAGAGUCAUCAAAAUUUGGGGAAAAUUCUUACAAGAGAAUCGAAUAGAUUUUGAUUUGAGGAAAAAAAGGGGUGGUGUUGAAGUGGAUUUGUGAUGGUAAGGAGUGUUUGGUUGUGAGUAAAAUUCGUUUUUUCUUUUUUGGGUUUUGGGUGGUUGGAGUAAAGAGCGAAAGAGAAGGAAAAUUGCAGGUAUGAAUAGAGGAGGAAUUGGAAUUGGAGGGCCAAUGCGAAAGUCUUUUAAGGACUCUCUUAAAGUUCUUGAAGCUGAUAUUCAGCAUGCUAAUACUCUGGCAUCUGACUUUCCCCGAGAGUACGAUGGGGCCUGCCUACAGAUGAGAAUGUCCUACAGUCCAGCAGCGCACCUGUUCCUUUUCUUAGUCCAGUGGACUGAUUGCCACCUUGCUGGUGCACUUGGAUUGUUGAGAAUUCUUAUUUACAAGGUUUAUGUUGAUGGCACCACAACCAUGUCAGUUCAUGAAAGGAAAGCAAGCAUUAGGGAGUUCUAUGCUGUUAUUUAUCCCUCCUUACUUCAACUUGAAAGAGGUGUUACGGAUUCAGAAGACAAAAAGCAAAAAGCAGUUUGCCAGGAGAGAUACAGGAGAAGAGAUGAUGAGGAUUACAGACAAUCUUCUGACUCUGACAUUGAAAGGGAAGAGGAAUGUGGAAUCUGCAUGGAAAUGAACAGCAAAAUUGUCCUUCCCAAAUGCAAUCACGCCCUGUGUUUGAAAUGCUAUCGUGAAUGGAAGUAUUCGUUAUUAUCAAGUUCCUGUGGCAAGCUAUAUAUGGAAUUUAGUAGUACCAUCUUCUCGUUAAGGGCCACUUUGGGGAGAAUAGCAGCUCUUGGUGGUGGUCAAAUACUUUCUUUUUUGGGCGUUCAAGGUCACAAUCCUGCCCUUUUUGCCGCGAUAGCCUUAAAAGGGUUAACUCCAGUGAUCUGUGGGUAUACAUGGACAACAAAGACAUCGUGGACAUGUCAAUGAUAACAAGGGAGAAUCUGAGGCGGCUAUUCAUGUUUAUAGAUAAGCUACCCUUGAUCGUGCCAGAUAAUGUUUUUGAUCACUAUGAUACUCAUAUAAGGUAGAUGAUCAAUGCUUCCAUUGGGGGAUUGAAUCAUACUAAAGAUAAAGUAAUUGGUCUCGCUAGAUUUAGAAAUGCAGGUGGAUUACUUUAUCACCUUUCCUGAUUUAGAAGAACCCGACCGAGUCAUUGUGGUGCAGGGGUUGAAGCUAAGUUAGAUAAGAUUAGCCAAAAAAAAAUGGAGCUUUUUAAUUGCAUCUCCUAAUUUGUACAUGCCUGUACAGUUCCAGUUUUACUUCUUGAAAACACAAUUGUUGUUUGUUUUCUGAUCUUCAAGUAUGCCAUGAAUACCAGCAUUUGAGCUUUCUCAAGUGCAGAGUUGUAUGGUUGCUAUUUAUAAGAAUGUAUAAUAUAUGAUGUAUUUAGUUUCCAA